GUAUCGGUACUUUUAAUAUUAGUGGCCUACCUUACCUGUCAAUCUGGCAAGCCCUGGAAGUUGUUCCCGCUUCUUGAGGUUGUUUGUUUCUUAUGCUCCAUUAGGAAGGAUAAUGAAUGGUCACCAUAAGUGAAUGGAGGUCAAAAAGUGGGGUGGAUUAUUUUUUUUUUUUUUAUUAUCAGAGGGCAGGGAGAGAGAGGUUUCUCUGUACCGCGUGGGAAUUGUGGCACGGGAAAGCAAAAGAUUUAAAAAGAGUAAGAUAAGGAAAAAGAGAGAAGAUCACAAAACACUUCACUUCCACAAUUCUUAAGUCCUCAACUCCUCGACUGCCGGUCGGUUCCGAAAUCCGUCCCUUCUGACUCUUCCUUUCCCCUUUGUUGUUCUUCCCUUCUUUGAUAUCGUUACAACCCCGACCCCCCUCACUUUCGGAAGGUUAUUGAUAUGGAGAACAACUUACUUGAGGGUCUCCUCGACCUGGAGGAAGUAUUUUACAGGGAAGGCUAUGAUUUGGGAGCUGCCGAUGGCGCGCAGGCUGGCUACACCGAAGGCAGUGUAUUUGCUGUCGAGAAGGGCUUUGAAAAAUUCCUCGAAAUAGGAAGGCUCUACGGUAAAGCCCUGGUUUGGUCACAAAGACAAGCCGAGCGAGACCCAUCCAACACUAGAGAUCCUUCCCAGAUGUCUCAGCUACCUAGUGCGAAGGAUGAAGAUUUUUUGGAGCCAUCUGUUUGCAGAGAGAUGUCGAGCGUUCCCCCCAGCUCUAGGCUAGCGAAGAAUGUCGACACACUUCUUGAAUUAGUUGACCCGGCGUCUUUGCCCAUGCAAAACAUAGAGGAAGCCGUUAUUGACGUGGAUGAGCGCCUGAAGGGCGCGCUAAUCAAGGCCAAACUUAUCCAGCGCGCACUGGGCGAACGAGACGAUGCUGGGGAUAUACACCCUGACGCAAAAGACUUUCCCCAACAGAAAAGUUCUGGGGAUGGAACUGGCAGCAUUGAAGACAUCAGCUCCCUGAAGCUCCGUCCAUGAAGGAAGUUGUUUCUAAAAUCAUCCUCCUCAUUCUCCCUACCAAGGCCACUCAUACCCAGCCACCGGUACCCUUCGGAGUAUCUCCGAUAGAGAAGCCAACAAUGAUGACAUAUCCUACUCCCAAGAUACGGAUUAAAUCAUCUCCCUUUCUUUUUAUCACGGGGACGGGUAAUAAGAGUGAAUUGAAUUGUUGAACUUGGAGGUCGAUCAUUGCUCCACAAAUCUAUGGUCACCCCCACGCACCGAUUUCUCGAUGGCAAUCCAAUGCCACUUGCCGGUCU